AUGUCCAAGGCGUCAUUUCUAAGAGAGUACAAGGUUGUCGUUGUAGGUGGUGGAGGUGUGGGCAAAUCUGCACUCACUAUCCAAUUCAUUCAGUCACACUUUGUUGAUGAAUAUGACCCCACAAUCGAAGAUUCCUAUCGCAAGCAGUGUGUCAUCGAUCAUGAAACUGCUCUUUUGGAUGUAUUGGAUACAGCUGGUCAAGAAGAAUACAGUGCAAUGCGCGAACAAUACAUGCGUAACGGAGAAGGUUUUUUGCUGGUCUACUCUAUAACGUCACGUAUGAGUUUUGAAGAAAUCAAUACAUUCUAUCAGCAAAUUCGUCGUGUAAAGGACCGAGAUUUUUUCCCCAUGGUGCUGAUAGCUAACAAAUGCGAUCUUGAGCAUGAUCGUCAAGUCUCUAGUCAAGAGGGACGAGAUCUUGCCAAACUUUUUGGAUGCACCUUCAUUGAAACCUCCGCAAAGCAACGUAUCAACGUAGAUGAAGCCUUCUAUCACGUUGUUCGCGAUAUACGUCGCUUCAACAAGGAGCAGCAAGGUGGCGGCGGUCCUGGGAAUGGUUAUGGUGGGCAGCAGUUUGAUAUGGACGAUGGCGAUAAAUCCGAUAAGUGUUGU